UUCGCUAACAGUCAUUCCGGACAGACAACCAGCCGAAACCUCAGCCGUGCACCGCGUACUGACGACUACUCUUCGACCGUAAUUGCUAGCGGUUUCUCACUCCCACCCUUUCCUGGUGUGUCGGUUACUAUACCUAACACACUGGUUGGUCGUCGUGUCUAUUUCUGUUGAUUGUGCGAGUUCAUAAAUUUUUCGUAUUGCAAUAUCACGGCUAUUGAUAGUCGGCCGUACGCGUGUGUCUCACGGUCUACUCGUCAUUGAACGUUCAUCUGAAAUCUAACUACGUUGCGGUAAUAAUAUCAGUUGUUAUCGGUUUUUUUUCUUGUACCGUUACUGUGAAUAUUUUGUCCGGUCGUGUAAUAAAUAUAUUUGUUCACGAUGAGCGAAAAAGAAGUGAAAAAAUACUCGAUGGCCGAGGUCCGGGAACAGGCUGACGCGAAAAAUCCAUGGAUGGUGAUCAACGACAGCAUUUACGACGUUAAAGAAUUUCUUAACGAUCAUCCUGGCGGCGAAGAAGUUCUGUUGGAACAAGCUGGAAAAGAUGCGACUGAAGAAUUUGAGGAUGUAGGACACUCGAGCGAUGCGCGUGAACUCAUGCAGAAAUACAAAAUUGGAGAACUCGUGGAAGAAGACAAAAAAAGAAAUAAAAAACCAGUGAACAAACCAAAACCUGCUUCUUCAAGUGAAUCUGGAGAUGAUUUUAGCAUUUGGAAAUCGUGGUUGCUGCCUUUGACGCUGGGAGUGUUCGCCAUCUUCGUUUACCGAUACUUUAUUGCUUCUUAAAGGGUCCAAUUAAAAAAAAAUAUAUUAUUAAGUUAUUAUUAUCAACUCUGGUUGAACUCAUUGUCUUUAAAUCCCCAUUGUGUAUUUUAUCAAUGACCAUUGAUUAAACUGCAUUCCAUUCUGUA